CGGCUCCGAGUCGUGUGUGCGGCCGCAGUCACUCGUGGAAUUCUGAGUCGCGUCAGUGCUCGGACGGACGCGGUCGCGCGUGAGUGUGUCGUACAGCGGUGUCUUGUUUGUCGGUUUCUUCACCGUGGAAAAACCUGAGUGCGAGCGAAUCGGAACGAGAGAGAAGGAAGUGCGUGUUUCCGGCCUGGUGAUCGAGUACGACGGUGAACAAAGGGACACGCCGAAGAAUCGUGUCUGUCUUGGAGCAUCUCUCGAUAAACAAUUUCUGGUGCAAAAUAAUUCAUCGAAUCAUUCGAAAGAAAUUUUUCAAUUAAAAAAAAAAAUAUAUUCAUCCUUGCACCUGGCAUUUUUCGUCCGCUUCGAAUCUUGAUCGACAACCUGAUCCCUCGAUCGAGUCACGAUAGAUCCUACUCCAGAUCAGAAGUCUGAUAAUCUCCGAACGUUUGUACACCUUCGUCUACUUGUGGCUUCUACGAACCGUCCAUACGCACGUGUUCGCGCAACGGAAACACGUCACUGUCAGAUUGUUCGGUGGACGAUAAGACUUCCGUUUUGCCAGACCCGACAGGAGUUCGCGCGAGGGACCAUCCUUUCUUUGUAUCGCGGCAGAGUUGGUCGCGCGGUCUGAAGUUGGCCAAAAAUCGAGAGAAGCUCGAUCGACGUUACGGUGCGCGGUCACGCGUGUGCGGAAAGUGUAGAUGCUCGAUAAAGCGUUCGUUUCGAUCGCGCGAAGUGAAAACGCGAGGAGGAUGAUAAUUGGCAGCGACCCGGUUAAUUAACGCUGAAAGUUUAAUCGACGCGGCAUCGAACCGCGACUCCGGUUCUUCUGGUAACUUUGAACUUUGUGUCGGAAGGAAAAGUGUGGAGAAAGUCUGUGAUACACGCUCGAUCUUUCGAGCGCGGGUUCAACGUUUAUCGUGACUUUGAACCGUGCGAGAACGAGCGAAGAAGAAUCAAGGAGAGUCUGUGAUACACGCUCGGUCGUCGAAGCGAGUUCAACGAUCGCUCCAUCCGUCCAGAGAUAGAUAAUUCAGCUGUCGGCAAUAUCGAGGCUGUAACCGGCCAACAGGUCUCGCGUCGAUGAGAUCGAAGCAGCGGGAUACGAGCUGAAAACGCGACGGCUCUCGUUGAAGGCUACUUAAAACAACCGUUGAGCACUGGUCGCAGUGCUCGAAUUACCAACAACAGGUGGCUCACAAUUGAAAAUACACGCAGCUCCGUCAAUACGAGCGCAACGUCCGUAACUCCGGGCGGCUUGUGGGAGUGCAGCAAGUGCCUGGACGAAAUGCGGCUGAUGCAGAGGUUAGCGAUCAGCGGACUAUUGUCCGUGAUACUGAUCGUUCUUCUGACCGGCACAUUCGUCACACGUCGCGACCUCGCGAACGUCGUCGAACGUGGUUCAGCGCCCGAGGAGCGCGUCGAGCAAUUGAAUCCCGCCUGGAUGCAAAACAACGUGAUCCCAGGACAGGAUGAACCGAAAACCGAGGAUAAGGAUCGACGCGUGGACUUUAAACACAGACAGUCCGAACCAUCCGCGGUCGGACCCCCGCCGGUUCCUGUACCCGGCCCCUAUGUCAUUAAACCGCCUAAUCCGCCUUUGGACGACGUGACUAAUCAGCGUCGCGAGAAGAUCAAAGAGAUGAUGAAACAUGGCUGGGACAAUUACGUGAGAUACGCCUGGGGAAAGAACGAGUUGAGACCGAUCUCGAAGAGAGGUCACAGUGCCAGCAUCUUCGGUGCUUCGAAUAUGGGCGCAACCAUCGUCGAUGGUCUCGACACCCUCUACAUCAUGGGCCUUCACGACGAAUUCAAGCAGGGUCGUGAUUGGAUCGCGGAGAACCUCGACUUCGAUAUCAACUCCGAGAUAUCCCUGUUCGAGACGAACAUUCGUUUCAUGGGAAGCUUGCUGGCCUGUUACGCUCUCACCGGGGACGUGAUGUUCCGGGAUAAGGCGGCUCAGCUUGGCGAACGGAUGUUGCCCGCUUUCCAUACGGAAACCGGAAUUCCUCAUUCCCUCAUCAAUCUCCAUACCGGGGCAAGCAAGAAUUACGGUUGGGCGAGCAGUGGGUGCAGCAUCCUCUCUGAAAUCGGCACGAUGCACUUGGAAUUCACCUACCUCAGUGAUAUCACCGGUAAUCCGGUUUUCAAGAGCAAGGUCGAGAACGUGAGAAAGGUGUUGAAGAACCUGGAAAAACCUAAAGGCCUCUACCCGAAUUACAUUCAUCCGAGAACUGGAAAAUGGGGACAACAUCACAUGUCGCUGGGAGGUCUCGGGGACAGUUUCUACGAGUACCUGCUGAAAGCCUGGAUUCAAUCGGGUAAAGAAGACGUCGAAGCGAGACAAAUGUACGACGAAGCAAUCGCCGCGAUAGAUCAACACAUGAUCAAGACAUCGCCCGGCAAGCUGCUCUAUGUGUCCGAUCUGAAAUACGACAGGCCGGAACAUAAAAUGGGUCAUCUGGCGUGUUUCGCUGGUGGCAUGUUUGCAUUGGGCGCGAAAACUCUGCAAAAUGAAUUGUCCGAUAGAUAUAUGACGAUAGCCGGGGGUCUGACCAAUACGUGCCAUGAAUCCUAUGAUCGAAGUGUCACAAAGCUCGGCCCUGAAGCUUUCCAUUUCAUCGAGGGCAACGAAGCGAAGAGCUUAAAGAAUGGCGAGAAAUAUUAUAUCCUACGGCCAGAGACCUUCGAGUCGUACUUCGUGAUGUGGCGGUUGACAAAGGACCCGAAAUACCGUGAGUGGGGCUGGGAGGCUGUCCAGGCGCUCGAGAAAUACUGUCGUGUUCCUGGAGGCUUCACUGGACUUCACAAUGUUUACAUGAUUGAUCCUCCACAGGACGAUGUUCAACAGAGUUACUUCUUCGCCGAAACUUUGAAGUAUCUUUACCUAUUAUUCAGCGACGACGAUCUCAUAAAUCUAGACGACUGGGUGUUCAACUCCGAGGCUCACGUGCUUCCUAUCAGGGGCAACCCUCUGUACCGGCCAGCCCCUUCUUUAUAAUUGAAAAAAACCUUCUCACCUCGAAGAAAGCAAGCACCGACGAUACAUCGAAAUCGUUUGCUAACCACAGAACGCCGGAUAAUCCUCCGCUGGACUGAAGCGAACUCUUCGUAACUUGAAUAGAAGAACAAUCGAGGACGAACUGAUUAAUUCGACGGUGCACGUGAAAAAAGAAAAAUGAAAAAAUGAUAAAAAUGACAAAAAAAAAAAAUAGUGAAUACUCGAGUACACGAGGAUCGUAUGGAACCGUGAAUUACAAAAUGAUCAAAGAACAAUGAAAUAGUUAAAGGAAGAAAAGGUGUGCGGAAUUGACGACGUGGAGACUAGCCUUUAAACCACGUGUCGCCGCGGUUAAAUAACAAUUAAAUAAUUAUUUUAGGUAAAAUCGAGAAUAAAUAGGGAAACGGGGGGCGUGGAAAUGUUAAACAAACGUUAUUUAAGCAACAAAUACACAUACAUACAUAGACACGAAUGUACGGGAUGUUCGUGCUGAUAAUACGCACAGUUUUUCAAUUAUUUUCAAUAAUACAAUAAUAAGAAAGAUAAUUAACGAAAAUUGAUGAGUGUUGAGUAGCUGCAAUUACGUAUAUUUUCCAAAUAUCCAUUACACUUGAAUCAAUGCGCUCAACACAGAUUAUUUUUGUUUUUAUUAUAAUAUUAUUGUAAAUGGCUGAAAAAAUUGACGUAAAAUUAACAUGAACACCUCUGUAUACAGUACGUUUGUAAAUAGGAAAACAAAGAGAAGAAGCGAGUGUGUGAGAAUACCUAUAUAAUAAACAGCGAAAUGGAGAGAACUAGUAAACAAGUACGAAUGUGAGAGAGGACUUCGAUAGAGAGAUGAAGAAACGGAACGAAAAUUGAACCGUUUUGCCUGAGUGCUUCGCCCAUUUCUUUUCUCGUCUGCCACGCAGAAAACCAAUUUUCAAAGAAGAAUCAUCAACGAACGUUUCACUACGAUUUAACGAUAAUCACGACGAUACACAGCUCGUCAGUGCUUAACCAGUAUCUCUUUCCUUCCAUCCUUCUUCUGUUCGAGUACUUCUUUUUUUUUCAAGAAACCUGACAAGCUGAUUUCUGAGGUAAAGAAAUUUUUGUAUCAAAAAAUAUGGAGAAAAAAAUACAUUUAUUUUAUUUUAAGAACAUUGGUCAUGGAUCAUGUAGAAUUAAUUGGUUUUGGGAAUUCGUGUUUUAAUAGGAAAUAAUUUGGUGCAUUAAUGAGAUUUGAAAUUUAUUAAAUUUAUUAAUCUUAUAAAUUAAUCAAUAUCAAAUUAUCGAUCAUGUUAUUAAUAAUUUAGAGUGUCGGAAGGUGAAACGUUGGAAAGCAGUCCUCUAUAAAAUCGAUCGAUCAAAUGAUCCUCGAUUGAACCAUCGCUGCCCACUAUCGAUUUUGUACACUGAGAUGAACCUAUUCUUCGCGGCUUUUUCUAUCUUUUUCUACUUUUGAAUAACUAUAAACCGUGCAUCGAUCAUCUCGGUGACGAAAAGCGUCCAUGGAAAUUCGUUUGAUCCGAUUCCUGUUUGAUACGACGACUUUCUUCUUUUAUCGAUCGAAUGGAAUGCAAUCGGGGUCUUUUUUAACAUUGACUCGUCGUUUAAAAGGUUCGAAAGUACCUUCGAUAUGGAAAGGGUGACUCUCUGAAUGAUUUUAUUCAGCAUUAAAUAAAAGAAAAAAUAAUUUUAAUAUUUUAAUGAUAAUAUUUUUACAUCUUUUUAUCCUUUGAAACUUCUAAUUGAAUACAAAGUUCCAAGUGUAAUUUAAAGAUACGAGCAGAAAGUUCGUAAAAGAAUGAAACGCGUCGCUCGGAUGGGUUAUAGUUUAAAAAGUUUCUUUGUUUCUUGAAUUUUAAAGCGAAUCGCGCAUGCCUCCGUGUAACCCUUGGGAUAAACUCCGCGAAAGUUUUAGCCUAAAAAGAAACUUUUCGCGAGAAUUCUUUCGCUUGUUAUGCUAUUCUGUAAAGUCACCACCAUUGAAUUCUUAUGAACGCGAUAUUGAAAAAGAAUGAACUGGCAGAGAUUCGCGGGGGACACACAAUUUUAUAUUCUACGAGACAAUAAACUUGAUAUCAAAGAUAAUUUGACUGGCAAUAAAACUGAUGAAUUAAUCAACUGAAAAAUAUAUUAUCGGCAAUAAAAGAAAGAACCUAGUCAGUCAAAAGUAAACGAAUUUUACUUAAACAAAAGUAAACUAUAUUUCUGCGACAACUGUACAAAGCAAUUACAUUUAUAAACAACUUGAUUAAAAAAAAAAAGUGCGAAGAGGGUUACCCUUUUCGAAAUUCAAUUUUAACGAAUUUUCACGUUCAAUGGUUUCUUCUCUAUCGGGUGUUCAUUGCCGAUGGCGAUUAUUUUAGCCAUCGAGCAUCUCUCGCGAUGCCAGCGGGAACAACGGUGAAACAACAGCUCUGAUCAAGAGUUUCCGGUGCGAAUGAGUCUUCAUUUCUUUCUUUGUGCGUUGACAGAGAUGGAUCCAGAAAUUUUUGCCCCCUUCGUCUUCGGUACACGGAUUUUUGUAUUAUUACACACCGAACAGUAGUAAUAUGAAUUUCUUGGUGUAAUUUAGAUUUCCAUUGGUUAAUUCUUGAACAGCGGAGUCUGAGUCAAUCGAGAUCCCAACUUCCAAAGAUAUUAAAAGAAUUUCAUAUAUUGAAAGAAUAACUUUUAAAGGAACAGUGUAAAACUCAGAAAAUUGGGGGUCUCUCCAUGGUCCGCCGUCGGAGGGUUGAGGGAAAGUGUAAAGGAAGAACCUAAUCACUGUCCUCAUUCGUCCUUAUUUUUUAAAUAGGAGAAUAAGAGGGUCUAAAUUAAGUUUUUCCAAAAUCAAAAGCAAUUAGUGAAAGGUUUCUCCCUUUACCCUUAUCCUUAGCCAAAGGAAAGCUACAUUGCACCCGAGUGUACAGAAUCAGAAGUUAUUGAAAAAGCAAUGGAAAACAAAUAUGCAAGAUAUGAAAAAUCUAAUAAAAUUAAGAUACAACAAAGGUAAUUUUAUUCUCUAACAGAAAUUAAUUUUAAAUUAGACCUCUCUGGAUCCGUCACUGUGUAUCGAGGAGAAUGGCGAGAGACAACGAGCGUGUCUGUGUUAAAUCACAGAAGCAUCGUUUAACAAGAAGGGGAAAGCAAAAGCAGCGAGUCGUAGUUAGCGAGCGAACGUAGCAGCCGAUAAACUGGCGUGUAUAUAAAGAGAUUUAAAACGGAAGGAGAGAAAAAAAAAGAUAAGAAAGUCAUAUUCUAUACGAGGUACCCAGGCGUAGAAGCAAGAGUUAUAUAGCGAUUCCUCGUGUAAUUGUAUAGGCUUUGCAACGAACGAAGCGAGCGUUAAAGUGUGCGCAUGAGUGAUACUGUAAAUUCUUGAUGGAUGCGUUUUAGCGUGGAGAGGCUGCGUUCGAUUGCUUGAAACGUGAUGGUGCACGAUAUGGUAUCGUGGAAACUGCGUCUCUAGAAAUGUAUUUUUCUUCACUUACGAGACACGAAGUUCGAACGAUUCCGAUUUUUAUUUUAAAUCACAUCGGAUAGACCUGUGUUCCAGUUGUAUCAAUCUGUAUCUUGAUGACAAUUAACUAUUCAUUAUUAAUCAAAGAAAGCUUAAUCGCUGCCAUUGAUACGAUAAUUGUGCAUCGAAGAUGUAAAUCGAUGGUUCUUAAUAAAAAAGGUGGAUAAGAUAACAUGGAUUAGACUUGACAGGGUUUAAAAAACAUUCUCUAAAUUGUUGUAAUUUUCCCAUAGACUUUUAAAAUUUAUUCAAUUUGUAAUGAAAAUCGAAAAUUCCAAUCACUGCCUAAAAUUAUAUAAAAUCUAUUGGUUCAAUAUUAAUACUUGAAAUUUAAAAUCUUACAGCAAUAAGUUGAUCAUCUAUCAGUCGAAACUAUUUGAAAAUACAAAAAGACUCGUAGAUUCUAUGAACCUCACCUCAAAGUGUUAAAAAAUCAUCAAGAAGAUUGAUUACGAUAAACAAGCUAACAAUCGUUUCUUGCAGUUCGACGCAGCGUAAGACGCGGGAAACGAAGAAACUACGGUGUUCUUCGUGAUAGAAGUAACGAAUUUUUCAAAAAUAAAAAAGGAAAAUAAUAAAUCCCGUGUCUGCUUUCCGAACAAUCAGCGAGAAUCGCACUCGUCGAUGACUAAGACGGCCAGAAAGUUACUUAAUAUAUAUUAUACGUAAAAAUAUACUUCGCCUCUUGGCUUUCGUUCCUCGAUGACGGAUGAUCUCCCGGAAGUUCGUUCUUUCGUGCGUUCAUCUUCGGAACGGAAGCGAGACACCAUAGAAUAUAUCCACACGUGUACACGGGAAUAUUUCUUUUUCUUAUUCCUAGAAAACGAAACACUUGGAAACGUGACUGGCACAUCGAGAGACCUCGUCACGAUGACGCGAGCCGAGAUCUCCGCGCGAAGAUUAUUGUUUUUCGAUUCAAAAUUUUUCAUCGUCAUGCUUCCAAGCGAUUCGUUCCUCUUUUUUUACAUAAACACAACUAUCCUUCGUUCGUGAAUGUUCAAACAGCGUUUACAUUAGUCUAUUCUUGGCCGAUCGAAAUAGUUUCAAGUUUCAUGACUAAAUUUAAUCAUUUUAUUUGCAUUUCAAUUCAAUUUCAGCAUUCUAUUCUUGUUCAGAAAAUUUAAAAUCAUCUUAAAAUAAAAAAGAAGGAUAAUUUUGAAUCGAAUGAUCAGAAGUUGAUUAAAAUUCUAUUUAUAUUAAAAGUUUGGUCAUCGAGCCAAGAAUUGACAAAUAUAAAUGCUGUUGUCAUUAUUCGAUUCGUUGAACGAUUUCUUGUUUCUUUUCCAAGAUUUCUUAACUCCGCCAGAGCGUUGUUCUUCGAAAGGGAUUUGUCGAGUUACCAGAUAUGAGAAUGAUCGUGAAAUAUUUUUCUUCGCGAAUGAAAAUGUAGGAAUACAUUGUUUCCGUGAAACUCGGGUACCGUUUUCACGGGAUAUUAGCACGAUUUCAGGGUAACAGGGUUGUCGAAGAAUCGCGAUCAACGAUCGCGGAAACGAUGAUUCGGUUAAUCGAAGAAACUUAAUCGGAAUCUUCGUUUUCCUCUCCCUUUUCUCGCGAACAAACCGAACGAACAAUUCUAUUUUGCUGGUGAUUUAUUUAGACCGAGACGAAAGAAUAGGGAAACCGUGGGGCCGUUGUUCCGUGUAAAGAAGAAAGAAAAAUAUAAUAACGAAAUGGUCAAUGACGGUCACGAUUCGGUGAGGAUAGAUUGACGGUGAUGAGAAUAUGAAUAGAAACGAUGAUAAUUAGCCUAUGCAUAUAUUUGUGAAUAGAUAUUUAAUAAUUUAUUGUUAACUAGUGUAUUUUAUUUGAUGGAUUUCAUUAAAAACGGGGUUUUGGGUUCCAAUAAUAUUGUUUCUUAUGUCGGGAGGGGAGUAAAAGAGGGAUAGAGUGAAUGUGGAAGAGAGAAUGAAUGUGAAAAUGACGAAAAAUAACGAGGGAUAAUUUCUACGUGCGCUUUUGUCAAAGAACCGAGAAGAAAAAUAAUAGAAAGAAAGAUAGAAACACAUUUUUAGCUUUACUUACCUAAUUUUUGUAAGCAGAGCGAUACAGACACGCCGGUAAAAUGAUAAAUAAAUAAUAAUAAUAAUAAUAAAAAAAAAUGGAAAAGAUGAGAAAAUUAUAUAUAUUAUAUAUUUAUCGUUGGUCAAUGAAUGAAAGAGAACGAUAAAAGUGACGAGAUGCAUCGCGCUCGGUUAAUCGACGAACGCGAAUUAUUAAUUAUACAUAUACAUUGUAAAUACAGUACACGAUUUAGUGAUAACGGGGGUUUUACUUUUAACAGCUUUAUGUGAUUAUUACUUUGUCAUGAUCAGUUAAAUAAAUAAAUGAUGAUAAUACUUUGA